AUGGCUCACCAAAACCGCCUUGCAAACGCGCAUGUCCUCGUCUUCGGAGGAACAUCAGGUAUCGGCUUCGCCAUUGCCAACAUGGCCCUCUCCUACGGCGCCAAAGUCACCAUUUCAGGCUCCAGUCAGCCCAAGGUCGACACCAAAGUCGAGCAUCUGCGGUCUCUGUAUCCAAACACGCCCGCUACCAACGUAGCAGGCUUCGCCGCCGACCUGACCGACAAGGCGAACCUUGAAAGGAACAUUGGCUCAGUGCUAGACAAAGCAACGGAAAACGGGACCAAGAAAAUCGACCAUAUUGCCUUCACACCCGGAGAUUCUCUUCGUGUAGCAAAUAUUGCCCAAGUGGACAUCAGUACUGUGUUCGAUGCUUUUACCGUCCGCUUCCUUGCUCCAUGCGCCUUGGCAAAACUCAUUGUCAACGGCGACUACAUGCCCAAAUCCUCCAACAGCUCCAUUAUCCUGACCGCCGGCGCAAACACGAAACGUCCAUUGCCAGACUGGGCUGUGAUGGCAGCCCUGGGUGGUUCUCUUGAGGGCCUAACACGAGGUCUUGCAGUAGACAUGGUUCCGAUUCGCGUCAAUCUCGUAAAUCCUGGUGCCAUACAUACGGAGCUGCUUCAGAAAGUUCUGGACACGCUUCCGGCUGAGGCGGUUGAGGGGAUCAAGCAGGGUUCAAGCCUGUUGGGUGAGAUUGGUCGACCAGAAGACAUUGCUGAAGCCUACGGAUGGAUCAUGAAGGAUAGGUUCGCCAAUGGGGCAGAGGUAAAUAGCGAUGGUGGGCGCUAUCUUGCUAGUUCCACAUCAUAA